CUACUGGAAAUACGGGACGAUGUGCCUAGCCCAACUGAGUCACGCCCUCUCAGUCAUCGUUUUCUGAGGUCCCGCUGCUUGCGUAAGGAAGGCGCCAUGCUCCUCUACCCCUCCCCGCAAACACGCACUUCCAAAGCCGUGCUGCAGUGCUACAGUUGGGACGAAAGGCAUGACAAGCAACCGUGGACACUACCAAACUCCGUUGUUCGGGGGUGGAGAGUUCUCAUACAGUCGUGCAGACUUUUAAUAUCCUGACCGAAAAACAAGACUGUCCUGUUAUUUACGGACCGUCAGCGGAAAUACGGUCUGAGGUCCCGUCCCGGUAUUUCCCUCGAUAUUUCUGUUCACAAUCCCGACGCAGUUGGACGUUCCUGCUACGACUUCCACAUGUAUCGUAACUUGUUACCUUUGUAGAGCAUAUUGCGCCCUUUCCAGGGUCGAUGCUAAAUAGUCCUUCGCGAAAAGGAGACACAAACGGGAUUACUUGGUUCACGUUGGAUUAAUCUCACGUGUGAAACUUGCCGAUUUGUUCUCACUGAAAGGGGAGUGGACCAGGUGUGAAAGUGGCGUGGGUGUGUGUGUCUGUACUGGUACCAGUAAAAACUGUAUGUGUGUGUUUACUGGUCCCGGUACAGCAAAGGUGUGAGCAGACAUAAACAGGAGGCUCUUGGGGCAGAGCUCCACAAAGGAGCCAAGUUUCCAGGAGGGAGUCAGUUAAAGAUGAACAAAUUGACGUUCCACAACAACAAGACCAUGCAAGACCGCCGCUGUGUGUGUGUUUUUCUCCCAAAUGAUGACACCCUCAACGUCAUUGUUAAUGUGAAGACUUUGUGUCAGGAAUUGUUGGUGCAAGUGUGUGAUCUGCUCCGGCUGAAGGACUGUCACUUGUUUGGCCUCACUGUUGUUCAAAAUAAUGAGCACAUCUAUAUGGAACUGGGACAGAAGCUUUCAAAGUACUGCCCAAAGGAGUGGAAAAGAGAGGCCAGCAGGGGAAUUGAUCAGUUUGGGCCUCCAAUGAUUGUGCACUUCAGAGCUCAGUACUAUGUGGAAAACGGCAGGCUUAUCAGUGACCGCACUGCAAGGUAUUAUUAUUACUGGCAUUUGCGAAAGCAAGUGCUGCAGUCACAGUGUGUCCAGAGAGAGGAGGCCUAUUUCCUGCUAGCUGCCUUUGCUCUGCAGGCUGACAUGGGAAACUUCAAACGGAACAAACACUUUGGCUCUUACUUCCAGCCGGAGGCCUACUUCCCGUCCUGGGUAAUAACUAAGAGAGGACGUGAAUAUAUUCUGCGUCACAUUCCCAUCAUGCAUAAGGAGCAGUUUGCUUUGACUGCAUCAGAAGCUCAGCUGAAGUACAUCAAAGAAGCUGCACUCCUGGAUGAUGUCGCCGUCCACUACUAUCGUCUCUACAAGGAUAAGAAAGAAACAGAAGCAUCUCUCACUCUGGGACUAACUCUGCGUGGAAUCCAGAUCUUUCAGAACGUGGGCACAGUGAGGCAACUCCUGUAUGAUUUCCCCUGGACCAAUGUGGGCAAACUUGUAUUUGUGGGUAAGAGGUUCGAGAUCCUGCCCGAUGGUUUGCCCUCUGCCAGAAAGCUCAUCUACUACACCGGCUGUCCUAUGCGGUCACGUCACCUCCUACAGUUGCUUAGCAACAGUCACCGCCUAUACAUGAACCUUCAGCCGGUGCUUAAGCAGGUCCGCCGCCUGGAGGAGAAUGAAGAGAAGAAGCAGUACCGAGAGUCGUAUAUCAGCGACGCGCUGGAGCUGGACAUGGAGCAGAUGGAGCAGCGCUCGCGUGCCAGCGGCAGCAGCAUGGGCAGUGUCUCCCGUCACAAAUGCUUCUCACGCCACUCUACCACCAGCCACGGCAGCUCGCACACGUCCGGCAUCGACAGCGACAGCCUACGCACGCCAGCACACACCCAUCACCGGCCACUUCGCACACACUCCUCGUCCAGCACCAGCCAUGCCAGCACACACACGUCUGGCUUUGAAAGCAGUGGCAAGGAGCGGUGCCUGGAUGAUGACGAGAUUGAGAUGUUGGUAGAUGACCCCAAAGACUAUGAGGAGCUCCAUGAUUUAGCGCUGGAGCUCAGCCAAGACCUGUGCAUUCACAUCACUGAGGACAUGCUAACGUCUGCACAAAGCAAUGGACACUCAGGUUUAGUUGUGAAGGAAGUGAGCUCAUCAACAUCCAGUUCAUCUGAGACUGUGGUAAAGAUGAGAGGCCAAAGCAUCGAAUCCCUCCCUCAGACUGUGUCUGGUAGGAAGUCACAAAGCUCCACAGACCGGCACAGCCAAUCACUGGACGAUGUACGUCUGUACCAGAGGAAUUGUCAGGAGUGGGCAGAGCUCUGUCAGGAAACUGCUCAUAGUUACACAUUUGGCUGUGUUGAAGAACUUAGUGAUGGCAUCAGCUGUGGCUACCAGGGACUUGGGGACCAGUGUGCUGGUACCCGUGACAACAAACAUCCUUUCCCUAUCAAAAGAACCAACAAGUACUUCUCUCUGGACCUGACUACAGAGGAGGUGCCCGAGUUUGUUGUGUAAAGAGAGAAUGACAAAACCAAAACAAAAAAAGAUUCAAAACAAUGACUGAGGACAUAUAUUUGUGUGUGCGUGUGUGAGUGUGUGUGUUUGAGCAAAAAUGUGAGUGAUGAGCAAAAUGUGAUGGAUCUGCUGAUUUCAGGUUUUUGACUCAAACAGGAAGAGAAAGGGAAGUGUGCCAGUGACUCUCAUCAGCCCACUGCUUUAGCAAAGAGUGAACUCUUUUCUAGGAGUGUUUACUUGUAUGUAUGCUGGUUUGUAUGUCUUUGCAUGCUAUUUAGUAUGUUCAGUUGAAUUUUUAUUAUUAACAGUGAUACCUUUUUGGACGCGUACACACCACACACGCGCACAUAUGCAUGCACAUGGA